UUUGUGUGUGUAUAGCCAUUUUGAGUCCCCUUUGGGUAUAAAUAAAUAAAGCGAGGUAUAAAUAAAUAUAAUAAUGACAAUAAUAUGUGUAUCUGUUUGUAUGUAUAUAUAGAAUCAUAGAAUUAUAGAGUUGGAAGAGACCUCACGGGGCAUUCAGUCCAACCCCCUGUUAAGAAGCAGGAAAAUCACAUUCAAAGCACCCCCGACAGAUGGCCAUCCAGCCUCUGCUUAAAGGCCUCUAAAGAAGGAGCCUCCACCACACUCCGCGGCAGAGAGUUCCACUGCUGAACAGCUCUCACAGUACACAAACAACAGACUAUAUAUUAUAAACACAUAUACACACAUAAUGUAAUACAAUAUAAUACUAAUACAAUACAAUAAUAUAUGAUAAUAAUACUGUAUAAUAAUAUAGUAAUACUUAUAUAUCAAAUAUAGUACUACGGAUAAUAUAUAAUGCAAGGGCAUCCUCCUCCUCACCAGGAUCCUCCUCAGGACACGCGUCAGAGCCAGGCAGCCAUCCACACGUUCCCUUCCAACGAGGCCUCCUCCUUCUUCUUCCUUCUUUCCUCGUUCUGUGAGCCGCGCUUCCGCUUCCGGGGGAGGUGCUUCCGGCGGUUGCCAUGGAGCCCGAGCAGUGAGAGUCGCGGUCACGUUGGAUCUCCAUCCAAUCCGUUUGCAUCCAAGGCGGCAAUGGAGAAGGAGGAGGUGCUGGGCAAAGCGGCCCAACUGUGGACGAUGCUGGACGAUUUAGCCGAGAGCCAGCCAGAAAAGUACCGCCAGUUCAUGCAGCAGCAGAUGAAGGAGGCCCGGCAGCACUUAGCCCCUCCGGAGCCCCAUCUCUGCCUGAAGGCUCACAGGAAGGACAAUACCGCUGGGAAAACCUUGUUUGUUAAUGUCUGCGCAUGGAAAAGAGUCCCCGCGCCCCAAUCGCCAUCUGAACGGGUCCCAUUCACUGCUGGAAAAAUGGAGGAACUGUCUGAUAAAUCCGGGCCUUACAGCAUCGUCGAUAUUGCAUUCCAUCCAUCUGUUCUGGAGAAAGGAAAAAAUGACCCAAAAGAGAAGGACCGGUUGAUGUGCCUGUGCCUGAAAUACAUUGAGGAGCAUUACAGUGUCACCGUGUCCCCUUCCUACAGUAUUUUGAAAUUUAAACUGAAAGGAAGCCUGGAAAGGAUGAGGCAGAGCUUGAGAAGAGAGCAGGUGCCAGCAGCUUUGUCCCAAAAAGAUGUGACUCUCGACCAGCUGAGGAACAUCAUAGAGGAGGAAGAGGAGAAGGACUUGCUUCUCCUGAGGAAGAACCAGGCGCCCGCUAAACCAGGCCUCAUUGAAGAGAUUCCCUGCGCAGAAGAGAGCCCUCGGGGAUACUUGACGCCGGCCUAUGAAAUCGCCACCACGAAGGACGCAAACGGGGAUCCCGUGGAGAUCGAGCUGCGAGUGGAGCUGCCCGAGAUGGACAGCGUCUCCGAGUGCGACCUCCGCGUCUCCAAGGAUGAUGUCCUGAUUGAAUGCCUCAACAAAUACAGGCUGCGCUUGGACCUUCCGGAAAUGGUGAACGAAGAAGCCACGGCAGCAAUAUUUCACAAGAAGAAAGGUGUCCUGGUGAUCACGAUGCCUGUGCGUCCGUCAAAGUGGUGAUGUACAUUGUGUACAGAUCUCUCCCUCUGCACAAGAUCCUGCAUGCCUUAAUAUUAACUCUGAUGUGUCUUGUGGCAGGGAUUGCAGGUGCCCUUUGGACAAAGGUAGGAGAUAAAAUCCCUUCCGAAGUACAGAACCAAAACCCAGCACUAACAUAAUGUCUUAAAACACUGUCUUUAAUGUAUGAUUUCUGCUGCCCAUAGAAACCUGAUAAAGUAAUAAUUAAACUUAACUGUGAUGCUAAAAGCUCUA